AAAGAAUUUGCCCUCUGCCUCUCUAUUUAGAGAAUUUUGGAAUGCCCAUCUUCUGGUCAGUGGGGUUCUGAGAUUUGUAGGAGUAGGAGUCUUUUUUUCAGUUCACACAGAUUUAGAAGAGAGCCCCUGCACUGAGAGAGUGUGCAGUGCACUGGAGUGAGGGUUAAGGCUGAAGGAUUCGGUUGCUAUAAACGACAGGAGGUGCUUGGCGCUCCUUGUUUUGAGACACAAGGCAGGAUAUGCAGCAGUAGCGUUGGACUCGCAUUGAGAAGUUUUCUUGUCCUGAGCAAAGUUCUAGAACGCGUUCUGAGAAACAGUUCGUUUUGGAAGGACACAUCAACAACAGGUUUCAGCAAGUACUGCAUGAUUUUGGCAUAAUGACUGCAGAAGAUUCCAAUACUAUGAUGAGCAACGAUUCGUCCAACAUGGCUGCAUCUAAGAUUCCAGAAGGCAUUUCUGGAGCGCCCAAUGAAGCUGCACUGUUUGCACUUAUGGAACGUACUGGUUAUACCAUGGUCCAGGAAAAUGGUCAAAGAAAAUAUGGAGGUCCGCCACCAGGCUGGGAAGGCCUUCAUCCUCCUCGUGGCUGUGAGGUCUUUGUGGGCAAAAUACCCCGUGACGUGUAUGAAGAUGAAUUGGUUCCUGUCUUUGAAACUGCUGGCAGGAUCUAUGAAAUGCGUCUAAUGAUGGACUUUGAUGGAAAGAACCGUGGCUAUGCUUUUGUUAUGUAUACACACAAGCAUGAAGCCAAAAGAGCUGUCAGAGACCUAAACAAUUAUGAAAUAAGGCCAGGUCGACUUCUAGGUGUUUGCUGUAGUGUAGAUAACUGUAGACUCUUUAUUGGUGGAAUUCCAAAGAUGAAGAAGAGAGAAGAGAUUCUAGAGGAGAUCUCUAAAGUUACAGAAGGGGUUCUAGAUGUGAUAGUCUACGCUAGUGCUGCAGAUAAGAUGAAAAAUCGAGGUUUUGCCUUCGUAGAGUAUGAAAGCCACAGGGCAGCAGCUAUGGCUAGACGAAAACUAAUGCCAGGAAGAAUCCAGCUCUGGGGUCAUCAGAUUGCAGUUGACUGGGCAGAGCCAGAAAUCGAUGUAGAUGAAGAUGUGAUGGAGACCGUUAAAAUCCUUUACGUCAGAAACCUAAUGAUUGAAACAUCUGAGGAUACAAUUAAAAAGAUCUUUGGACAGUUCAAUCCAGGGAGUGUUGAAAGAGUUAAAAAAAUCCGUGAUUAUGCGUUUGUGCAUUUCACCAACCGGGAAGAUGCUGUACAGGCCAUGAGAAAUCUCAAUGGGAUGGAAAUAGAAGGUUCAGCUAUAGAAGUCACUUUAGCCAAGCCUGUAGAUAAGGAACAGUAUACGCGUUACCAGAAAGCUGCGAAAGGAGGUGCCCCAGCCACCACCGCCACACCGACCACCGAAGUAGCCCAGCCUAACUAUGUUUACUCUUGCGAUCCUUACACAUUAGCAUAUUAUGGAUAUCCAUACAAUGCACUGAUUGGUCCAAACAGGGAUUACUUCGUCAAAGCAAUGACACAAAUGCAAACUGUGAGUAAGCCAUUACACCCCAGCGGCGUAUACUCUGACGACUGUAGAGCAAAUGGCACAAAAUCCGAUAGAUCAGGCAGCAUAAGAGGCAGAGGGCGAGGUGCAGCUGGAAACAGAGCCCCUGGUCCCAGGGGAACCUACCUGGGGGGAUAUUCGGCAGGUCGUGGCAUAUAUAGCAGAUAUCAUGAAGGGAAGGGUAAACAGCAAGAAAAAGGCUUUGAACUUAUGCCCAACUUGGAAUUAUCUACAGUCAAUCCAGUUGCUCUAAAACCUGGUGCAGUGGCAAUCCCUACCAUUGGCACACAGUACUCCAUGUUUCAGGCAGCUUCAGCUGCCAAGCUCAUAGAAGAAGGCAAACUCCAUGGCAUGGAACAUAUGAUUAAUCCUAUCGCGGUCCAAACCGAUCCAACAGGUGCAGCAGCUGCUGCAGCCGUCGCCGUGAUGCCAUCUGUCUCAACACCUCCACCAUUUCAGGGCCGUCCUAUGACGCCAGUAUAUACCAUGGCAACAAAUAUGCAAAGGAUUCCAACCACAGGGAUUUAUGGUGCAAGCUACGUCCCAAUCGCAGCUCCUGCCAAUGCUACUCUAGCCACACUACAGAAGAAUGCAGCGGCCGCAGCAGCGAUGUACGGAGGAUAUGCUGGCUAUAUACCUCAGGCUUUUCCAGCAGCCUUCCAGGUUCCAUUGCAUGACCUCUAUCAAACAUACUAAGACUAUCAUCUCAAAAGUGGAGUACAACACUGAAGGAACUCUCAAAUAUUUAUGAAGAAAGAACCUUAGAUAUAUUCUCAAAAGAAUAUUUUACACAUGUGAAGCUUUUUGUUUUUUUUGUUUUUUUCAAAAAAAAAAAAAAAAGAAACUUUUUAAGGCAGUUUUUAAAGUUGACAUAUCUAUAUCUAUAUAAAUAUAUAUAUAUAUAUAUACACCAAUGUUCAUACAUUUCUGUUUUUACUUUUUAUGCUUAUAGCUUUGAUAUUCUUCUGACCAUAUACAUUUUAUAUUAUAUGGUUUGGUUGCUUUUUUAAAAAAAACAUUUUAUUUUAGCAACAUACUUGGUAUGAAGGUGUGUAUUUUUAUAGUAAGUUCUAGAGAUAUAUAUCCUAUAUUAGUACAAGUACACCAACAGCUAGAUGUCUAGAAAGAGUGUAAAGUAAGGAAUAUAUUUCAUAUUUAAGAGAAAACGUCGAAAUAUUAAGUUUUUGGAAAGGUACCUUAUUUAUAAAGUUGUAUUGGAAAUUCCUGGGGAUAACUAGGAAAAGUAUGCAGUUUCAGCUUGAAUUCACAAAGGUUGUGUCCUGUAGCGAUGCAUUUAAUUAAGACUGAAAAAAAAUAUUGAAAAAGAAAAAGAAAAAGGACAUAUAUAACUUUAAGAAAGCCAGUAAGCGUUCACAGUUCUUUUGGUUUUACCAUUGGCUAUUUUGAGUCAUACAAUGUGUAUACAAUUUAUCUUGCCAUAUAGAACAACUGGCAGGGUAUCAUGGGAAAUCUAGUCAACAGCUACAGUUCCAUAUGAUGUUGCUUCAGAAUAUAAGCCGGUUGCUAAUUAUAUAUGAUAACAGCAUCUACGUUUGGGGAAAAAAAAUGUAUGUGCUUGUUACGUUGAACUUAAAAGUGUUUUUCAAUUAUGUUUUUUUUUUUUUAUUGAAACACUCCCUAUUUACCAGCUUUUAUAAAGCAGGCCCCAUAGAAUGGCAUAUAUAUUUUGUUAUUUUUAAUGGGUGUACGGGGAUGGGGAGGGGGGGUUCUUCUAAUUUCCGUGUCUCUGAAUAAACCUUUUUAUAGCCUAUGUAUAUGCUGGUAUUUAAAAAAAAAAAAUGUCAUUAAUGUAAAUGUGAUAUAUGAAGGUUACCAAACAGUUAUAUAUUUAUAUAUUACGCUUCCAUCAUACUGCUCGGAAUGUGAACAGAAUCACAGGGUUAUUUACCAAGUGAUUUGAAAGUGAAUUUCAAAUUUAAGACCAAAGCAGCCGAACUAAAAGCAUUGCUGACUUGGAGAAUUUGUCCAGUUUGACUAAUUUGACCUUAAAUUUUUAAAUUCUCUCUGCAUUCACUAUGAAUUCCCACUACAGUGAAUAGCCCUGCCCGUUGUCGUGGAUUUUUUUACACUUUAUCUGUUGUCUAGCCCAGCUCUUAUGUUCUAAAAUGUGCAAUUAAUUCCACUGUUAGCUCUCCCUAGUUCCUUUUUUAAAACAUCAGUGGGAUUCUUCAGAGAAGAACAUCUAAAUUUUUGUCCGUAACUUUUACAAUAUGUUGCUUGUUCCCCCAAACUUUAGAGACUUAUUAAGAGCCAGGUGAUAAUAAUUAUCGAAACGAAUAUGGUAUUAUGUGAAAAGAAUAGUUAUAAGGGGUUUUAAUGACAUGGCUUAUACUUUCAUGUUUUCAUCACACGGAACAAAAUAACGAACACCCCGGCAUGUAUUUCACAGACAAAGAACUGCACUACAAGUAUACACUGAUACAAAGAGGAGUAUGUAUAACAAUUCUUUGUCCUCUAAUAGAUAUGGACCGACCGGUGUGUGCCCUCAUCUGUUUGCUAAAUUCUCUCUGUGGAAUCCACCUAAAAUAAUGUUAAUAUUAUUUCAUUAUUUUGUUACAUCAUGGGCUAUUGCAAGAGAUUCAGUUGUGUUUGGGAAAGGUUACAGAUUUGUCACACUUGAGAUGGAAAAACAAAAUAAGUGAGUUUUAACAGUUUUUGUACGAGGAGUUUGAAUACCUUCUGGCUGUUGUCAGGUGGAAUGAUAUAACAUUUCGUGUUUGUGAAAUGCUAGUUCUGUUUAAAUGUUACUGGUGCUAGAAUUCUGAAUUAGACAGAGAAUCAGACAAUCGUUUUUGCCAGUUCCACUAAAGGUGUGUCUUGAGGCUUGGAAUAUUGUGGAGCCGAUCCCUUUGUAACUCAGUUACUAGAUUUUCAGGAAUCUUGAGGAUUCUUUCAUUUUUCUCCCAGUCUUUUUAAUGACAUCUUGCACCCUACACAGCGUGGUUUACCUGCAUCAACCUCCCUACAGUAAUCUAGUCACAUACCAUGUGUAGCGUAACUGCCAAACCCUGCCAAAUGCAUUACAUCUGAAUUUCCAUUUAACACAAAUAAUUACAUUUUGUUUAAUUAAGUGGAAAAUCUGCGGGAGAAAGUUUUCUUGGUGUGGUGUUUUUUUUUUUCUUUUAUUUGUGUACUGGUGGUGGUUGCGACGUGGGAGGUUUAUUCUGGCUGCACACUUUCCUUUUCUAUCAGUUUUGAUUUAGUGAUUGACACCCAGGGACUCCAGGUUGUCACAUGGGGCCCGAGUCAGGAUACAAUUUAAAGGGCCCCUGUUUAUUCUUCACAUAUGGAUGGUAAAUUGUGUCAAGCAAAUUCAUGGUUCUGGGGACCCUGUGUAACCUCAGAGGCCCUAGGCGGCUGCCUAUGGUCGCCUUACAGUUAAUCCUGCUUUGCCUUCCAGCAGUAAGGCAGCUGGAGAGAUAUGCACCAGGCAACUUGCACAAUGUGCUCCACAUAUCUGCCAUUGAUAUUAUAUCAUAUCUGCUUGUUGCUCUUCUGAAUCACCUGCAAGCUAUCAGGAACUGCAUUUCCCACAAUUUUUCUUUCUUGCUCUCGUGUCACCAUUUAAAGGAAGGGGAGCCCCCAGUGGUGGAGGGGAUUUAAAUGAUUUCUAUGCACAUAUUCAUCACCCACAUUUAUGCAUCUGGUAGCAGGAAUACAUAACAGAUGCUGCAAAUGGUAUCCCCAUCACCGCCUUGUUGAACCAAGAUGACCAAUGAUUUGUUAUUGGGUUCUGCAGUCCAGCUAGCCAGAGAACAGCAAAAUGAACCAUAACUGGGAACACUCGCCAGUGCAGGACUGUGAACUUAGAGGUUAAUUGUCCAUAACCGGGCACUCAAGUGUGCCAUCUACCCAGAGAUAUUUGCUGACUAAUUGAGAUGGUUUAUGAAGGACUCGUGAUUUUGUAAUAAUUAACCACAUUUUUUUUUUUUCCUUAAGGUUCUUGACAGCCUGAACUGACAUGAGGUUCACAUUCUUUUCUGCUUUUGCUUUGAUGGUUGCUGUUUUCGCAUAGUUUGUAUAUUGGUAGAAUACUAGAAAUUAACUUGUUUUGUUUUUUUGUGGCCAAUAGGUUGAAGGGGCAAUAAGAUUGCUGAGCAAUACAUUGCAGUGCCUUUUAUUUUUUAAAGUUGGUAAGAAGUCUGUCAGUUUGUAAAUAGAUUUCAAAAUAUUUCUUUUAUUCUUUAUUUAGGAAACGCAUGUAGUCUGCUACAAAGGCAGAACCAAUUUAUUUCAUUGUUUAAAAAAAAAAAAGAAAAAAGACAAAUAUAGGUUUAUGUUGGUGAGUAAAGAUAUAUAUAUAUAUUAUUGUUGCAGUGUUUUUUUUUGUGGCCUGUUUAAAGGCUUUUAGAACAAUGUUAUUAUAUUUUAUGUGAUGCAGCAUUUUUCAUUAUCAAUGUCCUUCUUUCACAUUAGUAAAAUGUCUGGUCGUGCCAUAAUGCUGUAGUUUAGACAACGGAUAUACUAUAGUUAUAACUUUUUUUUGGUUGUUUCUUGUUUGUUUUUUUAUUUAUUUUUUUCUCUCCAUGUGCUUUCUGGAGGUUUUAGUUUUUAUGGUGGCAUUAACUCAAACUGGAUUUCUUAUGCUUUUGUAGCAAGCCUCCAUUUUUUAUUAUCUAUUUGUAUCUUUUUAACCUAGUGCUGUGAUACUCCUACCAUUAUGGGUUGCUGACACACCAGAUAUCUAUUAUCAUUCUCAGGGGCACAACAAUGUGGUUGACAGCUCUAUACAAGCAUAUAUUUGGGGGUAUCGCUAUUGCCUUAUUGUUCUAUUUAUUCCUCAGGGGUGGAAAGGUCUUUAAAUAAUCCUUAGUGGUCCACAUUUAGGUGCAUGAGCCACAAAUCAUUAUUCUGCUCUUUCUAACUGCAGUUAAAUGGAGCUCACAUAUGAUAUGUUAUUAUUACCUGUCUGAAAUAUAGUACAUACACAGAGGAAGCAGGCAAGCGACAUGAGCCAUCAGGCCGCAGAUGCCCUCUGUGCUAAACCACAAGGUUAGAGUAGGGUUAAACUGGAUACGCUGCCACCAUAACCAUUGGUACCCCGAUGGCUGAUAAUAAACUGUAUCCGUUGCUUGACUAGAGAAUUCUUGAAACCCCAGUAGGAUUAAUGCAUUCCUAGACUUUAACACUCCUAUUAUAGAAUAUUUACUUAUUAUCAGUUGGUGUAAAUAAAACCUCUCCAUUAGCCAGUAUCUCAAUGUGCAAUGCAUCCUGUAUUUUACUACGUGCUGCUAAGCAUCAACAAUGCCUGAGUAGCACAGGUCUGGGUGAAAAUAGAUAAUGGCAAGCCUCAAAAAACCUUACGUAUCAUGCUCAACGUUAUUUUUAGGGAAGAAUUGAAGGAUCUCAUUGUGCAGUGUGUGAUAGGGAAUAGAAAGGGAAAAUAAUUGGCAAUUUGUAUCACAAACCAUGUAUUUUAUUGUUUUAAAUGUAUGUAUUUUUAACUACUGAUGAACUUCUGAGCUCAAAUGAAAGGGUUGUAAAAGGUUAUUUCUUGAAAGUAUAUUGACUAUAGAUCACUGAAGUGCUGAACUCCCAAGAGUCUUCAAAUUUGGAAAACCCAUUGGCCUUAACAGUGGAUGCACAGCAGGGUGACCACUACUGUGAGAUCCAAACUAUUCUGACUUUUUUUUAACUGGGCAGUUUUUCUACUGUUGAAUUUAUGACAAAAUAUUUGACAUCUAACUGCUGGCAAAUUUUAUAUUUUCUGGCGAAUUGCAAAAUGAGCCACUUGCAACUAUGACGUUUGUGAAUAUUUUUUUUAAAUCAUAGUUCUGCUGAAUAAACUUAAACAGAGGUUAACUAGGUUUGCAGAUAAACUUUCGGAUACUUUUCGUUUUGUAUAACAAUAGCCCUAUACAGUAAUCGGGGGUGGCCAAAAGAUGGACCUCGAGACUGACAAAACAUCUGAGACUUGUAUUUCUGCAACUGCUGGGAGACCCCUUUUUUCGGGUAUUCCUACAAUAGUGGUCACACGUGUUGACAAAAGUUAAUAGGCAACAGUUUUUAGAAGACGGUAACCUACCCUGCUUAGAAUGCUGGUUUUGUAGAAUAUCCUAAGGAAUAUAUUAUGUUUUCUUUCCGAGAUACAGGAUUGGCUGAGUUUUACAUUCACAUAAGUGUCUAUCUACAGGAUUUUUGUGUUGUCAUCAAACAUAGAAAAAAAAGCAUUCUAUAAUAUUACCUGAUUUUUCCCUUAAAAUAAACUACUUAAACUGGAAGCAUGCAUUAAUUAAAAUGCAGCCUUUUUUGUAAUGUUUGAACCAUGUUAAAUAUAGCACUAGUUAUUUAAAUCCCUAAGGACUGGAACUGUCACAUGUAUGAACAAAGAGAUGUCCCCUGAGCUUUGUAUAUCUGUGAUAAUUGUAUUAUUUAUUAAGUGUAAUUCCUGGUAAAUGUUUUUGCAUAGAUGCCAUUUUUAGGAACGCAGAUAUUAUAACACCAACAAUUCAAAUGUGUGUUGAAAAGUGUGCUUUCUAUUUAAUGAAGACAUGCCAAAUUCUUAGUUCUUGGUCCUUCAAGAAUAAAUAACUUUCUUUUCCCCCUGGGAUAAAUGUUAGGGGGAUUUUGGUUCAAAGUGUCUUUUUAUUUACUCUAAAACCAUUUCAUACACACUACUGAGGUAAGGUUUAACUUGAAAUGUGAGCUUUUUUUUAAAGCUUAAGAACAAAAAUGCACAAAAUUGGGGCUAAACUGUAACAUGCCUUUUACUAUUGAUGGGUUGAAUGUUAGUUUCUUUUAAUAGCUUUUAGAAACGUUUUCUUGUGGAACCUGUUUAAAGUUCAAUGUGAGCUUAUUUCUAUAUUUGCGAUAUAUAUUUUUAGCUUGUAGUAAAAUAAAACAUUCUUUAAAAGCC